AUGGAUGCGUUAUAUUGUCUACCUUGCUACCUUUUUAGUAAGAAACCAAUAGGUCGUCCUGGAUCAGAUGUAUUCAUUUCAACAGGUUUUAAUAAUUGGAAAAAGGUGAAAGAUGGAAUGAAUUGUCCUUUAAUUUGUCAUGAAGGGAAAGAACCAAACUCCCCACAUAAAAUUGCUGUGAAAUGUUGCGAGGAUUUAAAGAAUUAUUCACGACAUAUUGACAAGCUAAUUGAGAAACAAACGUCAAAAGAAUUAGAGAAUAAUCGGUUGCGGCUCAAAACCUCAAUAGAGUGUGCUCGAUGGCUAGCAUUCCAAGCUUGUGCUUUUAGAGGUCAUGAUGAAAGCCUUAAUUCAAAAAAUAGAGGAAAUGCCAAAUAUACAUCACCCACAAUUCAAAAUGAGAUUUUGCAUAUUCUUGCUAGUAAUGUGCGAAAUGCUAUUCGUGAAGAAAUUAGGGAUGCAAAAUUCUGCAUUCUUGUUGAUGAAGCCCGGGAUGAGUCGAAGAGAGAGCAAAUGGCCAUCAUUUUGAGGUUUGUUGAUAAAGAAGGUUUCAUUAAAGAGCGUUUCUUUCAUGUUGUGCAUGUUAGAGACACUACUGCAUUGACUUUAAAGAAUGAGAUAUGUGCUAUCCUUUCUCGUUAUAAUCUCCGCAUUGAAAAUAUUCGAGGUCAAGGAUAUAAUGGGGCUAGUUACAUGCGUGGUGAAUGGAAUGGAUUACAAGCUCUUUUUCUUAAAGAUUGCCCAUAUGCUUAUUAUGUACAUUGUAUGGCUCAUAGGUUGCAAUUAGCUCUAGUUACAGCAUCUAGAGAAGUAAAAGAUGUUAAUCAAUUCUUUGAUCAUUUGGUUAAUAUUAUCAAUAUUGUUGUUGGUUCUAGUAAGCGUAAUGAUGAAUUGCAACAUGCUCAAACAGAACAAGUUGAGAAUAUGAUUGCUUCUAAUGAAAUUGAGACCGGAAUAGGUGCAAACCAGAUUGGUACUUUGCAACGAGCUGGAGAUACUAGGUGGGGAUCUCAUUUUCAAUCUAUUUGUAGUUUGAUUAAAAUGUUUGAUACUACUUGCAAAGUUAUCAACACUAUUUCUGAGGAAGGGGCUAACUAUAAACAACGCGGUGAUGCCGAGGGAGCUUAUCAGGUAUUAACAUCAUUUGAAUUUAUUUUAAUCUUGCAUUUGAUGAAAGAGAUAAUGGGAAUUACUAAUGUUCUUUGUCAAGUUUUGCAACAACAUUCUCAAGACUUUUUAAAUGCCAUGCAUUUAGUUUCAACUACAAAAUUACUUAUUCAAAAGUUGAGAGAUGAUGGAUGGGAGCCUUUACUUGCUAGUGUUAUAUCAUUUUGUGAGCAAUAUGAAAUUGAUAUUCCUGAUAUGAAUGCUCGUUACACUAAAGGUCGAGGUAGAUAUCGUCGUCAAGAUGACGAUUUAACAAUGGAACAUCAUUUUAGAAUUGGCAUAUUUACAAUUGCAAUAGACUUUCAAUUGCAAGAAUUGAAAAUUAGAUUUUGUGAGCUAACAACGGAACUUAUCAUUCUUAGUUCAGCUUUAAAUCCCAAGGAUGCUUUUAGAUUAUUCAAAAUUGUUGAUAUAUGCAAUUUGGUUAAGAAAUAUUAUUCUCAAGAUUUCACUGAACAUGAACAAGAACUUUUGGAGUCUCAAUUGCAACAUUAUGAGUUUGAUGUGAUAAAACAUCCAGAUUUUCAGAAUAUGAGUACAAUUUCCGAGCUAUGUAGGGGAUUAAAAAUUUCAGGAAAGUCUAAAAUCUAUUUUUUGAUUGAUAGACUUAUUCGUCUUGUGUUGACUCUUCCAGUUUUUAUAGCAACUACAGAACGAGCUUUCUCAGCUAUGAAGUUGUUAAAAACAAGACUUCGCAAUAGAAUGGAGGAUGAGCUUUUGGCAGAUAAUAUGAUAGUUUAUAUAGAGAAGGAAAUUGCAGGGAAUUUCACUAUAGAGAUGAUAAUGGAUGAAUUUUAUUCCAUGAAAAAUCGUCGUCAGGCAUGA